AUAUCUGGAACCGGGUUGGGCGUCAAUAUCGUCGUACUCUCUUUAAUUUACUGUACUUGCACUUGUACUUGGGUAGUUUCAUGUACAAUAAUAUUGUAUUAUACUGUAUGGAAGGAAUGGAAGAAAAGGAAGGAAAGGAGAACCGUAGACCUGCUUUCGGGACGUGGCUCACCCAUUCGGACUAAUAAGUUUCGAUGCUACGUAUAUCGGUACGCAGUUCGUAAGAGACUAUCCUCAAGCGCACUUCGAUCUUAUACUUCAACUUGUUUUUAUUUUACUAACAUUUAUUGCGGAUUUAUCAGCUCUUAUUUAUAAAAAUAAUAACACGUGCUUUUAAAAGUGACAAGUGAACGUUUUUAUUUUAUUUUUAACGUUUAAUAUUGGAAAAUUUAUAAAUAAAAUGGGUUGCUUUUCUGACGCCAGUAAAUCCUCUCCAGCUAAGGGUAUUAAUUUCCAUUUGGCGUUCGCGAUCACUGCGAUCGCACUGGGAUCUGCCUUCCAACAUGGUUACAAUACUGGAGUUGUCAACUCACCUCAAGAGAUCAUCAAAACCUGGAUCGCAGAAGUCAAAACCAACCGAACGGGAAUCCCUCACACCGCAAACGACAUGACAGACUUGUGGGCCUGGGCAGUGGCCAUCUUCUGUAUCGGAGGUAUAAUCGGUGGAUCCUUGGUAGGACUAAUAGCCGACAGAUUUGGACGCAAGGGUGGUCUGCUACUAAACAACAUAUUCGUCGUCCUGACAGUGAUAUUCGAAGGGUUUUCUAAAAUGGCCGGCAGCUAUGAGAUGAUAAUCGUAGGACGUCUGUUCAUUGGAAUAAACGCCGGUUUGAACGCGGGAAUAACUCCCAUGUACCUUGGAGAAAUAUCUCCGAUGCACUUACGAGGAGCUGUUGGUACCGUCUACCAACUUAUCGUCACAAUUUCAAUUCUGAUCUCCCAAGUUCUUAGUAUGGACAAAGUGUUGGGUACCGUCGAGCAAUGGCCGCUUCUUCUCAGUCUGACCAUAAUCCCAGCAAUCUUCCAGUGCUUAACUCUGCCAUUGUGUCCCGAAAGUCCGAAAUUCCUGCUUCUGAACCGAGGCAAGGAUGUUGAUGCCCAGAGAGGUCUCGUCUGGUUAAGAGGGACCAAUGACGUUUAUGACGAGAUGGAAGAAAUGAGGAAUGAAGCUGAAUCUAUCAAACUGACCCAACGUGUAACCAUGAAGGAAAUUUUCGUUAACCCGGCUUUGAGAAUCCCGCUGAUAAUUUCUUUGAUGGUGAUGUUGGCUCAACAGUUUUCUGGAAUCAACGCAGUCAUGUUCUUCUCAGACGCUAUCUUCCGUAUGGCUGGAUUGAACACAACAGCUUCUCAAUCAGCUACUCUUGGUGUUGGAGCUAUGAAUGUUGUUAUGACCUUUGUUUCGUUGAUUUUGGUUGAGAAAUGCGGACGAAAAACUCUUCUGCUCUUUGGAUUCUGUGCAAUGGUUAUUGACACUGCUUUGCUUGCACUCUGCUUAGCGUAUGCGGACUCUUCAUCAGCAGCAGCUUAUUUCUCCAUCGCAUUGGUAAUCAUGUUCGUGGUAGUCUUCGCAACCGGUCCUGGAAGUAUCCCAUGGUUCUUGGUAUCAGAACUCUUCAACCAAUCGGCAAGACCAAUCGCAACAUCCAUUGCGAUCGCCGUUAACUGGGGAGCUAACUUCAUCGUCAGUUACUCGUUCCUACCAUUAAAAGAACUUCUUGACACGAAUGUAUUUGUUCUUUUCGCCAUCAUCCAAGCGCUCUUCGCUCUCUUCAUCUGGAAGAAGGUUCCAGAAACAAAGAACAAGACUAUCGAGGAAAUCAGCAGUAUGUUUCGGCAAAUAUCCUAUCAGUGAGACGAUUAAAAUCUAUUUUACGAAAGAAUAUAUAUUUUAACGCUUAGGACAAAAUUGUGUGGAUGGAGCAUGAAUCUGAUCUGAAUGAUGAUGAAUGUUAUUUUGGUUCUGAAUAAUCAGAUCAAUUUAAAGCAGUCGAUAACUGUUACCGAUUUUAUAUGUAUAACAUAUAUAGUAUACUAUAUAUAUAAUACAAUAAAUGUAUGUGUAUGAGUAAUAUUGUUUUUUAUACGUGUAAUGGAAAUGUCGAACUGAAAACACAGGACUUAGGCAUCACUUAGUUUUUAAAAAAAUAGUUUUAUUUUUUUUUUUUAGAUUUAGUUUUAUCAUUUUUGUAUUUCACCGUUUUUAAAUCAUUUGAAAUUAACAACAUUUACUGUUUAAGUCAUGACAGGCAGACUCAGGAUAGAUCAAUAAAGUGAAAAAUUAUUUGGAUGCGCAAAUUUACCACGCGCAUUCAAAAAUUUUUCAACUCUAGUCAUAAUUCAAAUUCACUAUUUUUUUUACCUUCAAUGGUUUUAUUUAUCGACAUUUUUAAUUUUUUCUCGGCUAAUUUAUAAAUAUUGCGAGAAUUUGUCAAAUAGUCCAGCUGAGAUUUAUUUGGUAAAUUUAUCCGGUAUUAAUUUUAGUAUUCCGAUUCAGGAUAUUUGAGAUUUAUUGCCUGUUAAAGACAACGAAUAUUAAUAUUAUUAUUAUUAUUGUAAUCAUAUUUGACUAUUUAAUGUUAAUUAUUUAAUUUGGAUAGAGUUUUAUUGAACUGCUAUUGAAACUGUGUCUUAAAAAAGACUUUGUUAAUUUAAAAUAUUAGUGUACAAACAAUAAUGUCAACAGUAUAAUCAACUUUGUAAUUAUCAGUAGAUAAAUUUUAAUAUUAUUAUUUUUAUUAUCAUUGUAACUAUUUUCUGUCAUAUUGUAAAUAAUGAGUGCGUGUAGAUCAAUAUAAAUAUUAAAUUACAUCUGUAAUUUUGAUGCAGUAGAAUUAAUCAGACACGAUGUUAAAUCGUUUUUAAAUUGUUGAAGAUAUAUGAAGUUAUGUUUGUUCAAGAAUAUAAUUGUUGUUGAAAUAAGCAAUUCAGAUUAUAUCUCAUAAAAAACGAUUUGAUGUUUUAAAUUAUAAAUAAAUAUAUGAAUAUAUCGAAUACGUCUUCGAAAUAAGUAAUACUAUAUAUGUAAAUGAUAAUGAUAAUUUUUUAAUGAAUUAAAUACUCAUUCGUAUUAAUUAAGUUGCGAAUAUUUACGCAGUUGCUUAUUUUUAUCUUUUAACAUUAAAACAUAUUAAAAAAAACACACAAAAAUAGACUAAAAAUAAUUAUAAAAAAAUAAGUUUUUAGUUUGUAUAUUUAGAAAUGAUUUUUUGCAUGUAAAUUUAUUUUUCUAAUUAAAUCUGAUGAUAGAAAAUUGAUUUUUGAAUGUUUUAUUGGACUUGUAAAUUUAUUCUGAUUAAAUUAAUAGAAUAAUUAUUUAGGAGGAUAAUAACUUAGAUGUGUUCUUUUGUAUGCCAAAAACCAGCAUCAUGUUUUGAGUAAUAAUAAUUAAUUACACCUGCUGUAGUUUUUAAGCAAAAAAAAACUUUAAUAACAACCAUAUCGCAGAGUAAUUUGAUAUAAUUAUAGUUAUUAUUAUUGAUUAUUAUAAUUGUAUUGAAUAUGAGUAUAAGUAUAUGUUUAGAUGGAUCUUUGAGAACUUAUACGAGUUUAGAGUUUAAAAUUGUACCUCAAAAAUCUUAAUAUUCCAAGAGAUCACAGUAAUAUUAGAUUUAAAUGUAACUUACAUGUCACCGUAUCAAAAUAAAUGCAAUAUGUUAUUAUAUAAGUAUUUUUGAUGCUGAUAUUUUGUUGUCAAACAUUUCAAAAAUAUAUAUAUUAUUCAAAAAUA